CGUCUUUUCAACAUUCAUCAGUCGCUCUCUGAGGAAGGCGAAAUGGCGCGUAAACCUAGACGUAAUGUGCCGGAGAGUCUACGGAGCCUAUUCGGAGAAAAAGCCAGGAAUCUGAAGGACGCUAUAGUAGAUCUGAUUACUCGCCAGAGUAUCCAGCCGGAACAGUGCCGAUGCAAGGGCCAAGGUUGUCUUGGCUGCAGCCGCGAUAAACCGUCGUUUCUGCUGCGUCCCGAUGACCCCAACCACUACCGUCAACUUCUUCUCCACCGAUGCUUCGUUGUGCUUCACGAACAAGCCCCUCCGCUGCCGCGUUUCUCGCCGACGUCUUGGUGGUCACAGCGAGAGAUUGUGGAGAAGGUGAUUGAAACUGGAGGUGAUAGUGGGAAGAAUGUGAUAUGUGCUAGAUAUGACAAGUAUGAACAGACUAGUCCUGUUCUGGAGUUGUUGAUAACUUCUUCUUGGGAGUUUCUUCUUAACCGGAUCGGUCAUGAUUUAAUGGUUUAUCUACUACGACACACAUCGAUAUUCUUACCGUUUCAAGGAAAGAAUCACCAGCAAGUGUCAGGACCUCCUCUACGUAUCACUCAAAAUGAGACCUUGCCAGUCCACAACAACAAAAGAAAGAGUGACGAGAGCGUGAAUCCAUCAAAGAAAAGGCAGCGGGUUUCUUCUACUGUCAGUGACUGCCCUAAGGAUAAGUCUGCAGCUGUUACGUCCAAAGCUUCUGUGGAUGUAGUAGACGAACAUAGAGAGGAGAAACCUAAAAAGCGUUUCCGAUUGUAUCUUAAGCGUCGACAAAAGCAGAGAAGGGACAAUUGCCCAAAUGUUGACGAUGAGGCAACUUGUGAAACUUCUUGUACAAAUGGUGAAGCCUCAACUGGGAAUGAAGCUGAUGGAAGGAAUCAGAAAAUCAGUACAAGUGGAAGUCUCACUGAUUUCACAAAGCAGGCUAAACAGGUGAAAGGAAAUAAACAUUUCAAGUUUUCUAACUCGGAAUAUGUUUCAGUUAUACCACCAAAUCACAUUUUGAAAACAUUAAAAGCCAACUACUCUGAUUCAAAGUCCCUGAUGAACCAUAUAUUUGGUGAAGUAAGUGCUUGGUCCGCAGCUCCAUCUCAUGGCAAAGGCAAUUGCCCCAGUGGAUCUAUUUGCUUGUACCAUUCACUGCUCAAUUCUCUUAAAAGUCUAAUUGGAAAAACAAAGUCCUCUUAUUUGAAAACGUUACUAGAUAAACACUGUCCUGUUCUCUUGCCACAAGAGAGUGCGUCCGCAAAUGCGGCUUCUCAGAGUUCCGGGAGGCAAAACUCAGAUAAGCUGCCUCAUGGAUCUUCUUCAGAGAAGAACAAACCCAAUAGUCACAAUGUCGGAGAGAGGCUGUAUUGCACAAAAGACCAAGUAGUUUACUUUAUUUGGGCCAUCUGUAGCCACAUUAUUCCAGAAGGUUUGCUUGGGACCAAACAUCAGAUGAGAGUGCUUUUGAGCAACAUUGCCUGGCUUGUUUCUCGGCGAAGAAAUGAGAAAUGCACCGUGACGCAAUUCUUGCAUAAAGUGAAACCAUCAGGUUUCCCAUUCUUUGCCAAAAAACAGUUAUGCUGUAUGGUCAGCGGACAUGCACUCCAGAAUGAGUCCAUCAGCAGUACACAGCAGAUGCUGUGCACGAAAUGGAUAUCUUGGCUUUUCUUAGAGAUUGUCAAGAAAGUGGGGCUAUUCAACUUCUACGCCACUGAAAGGCAAGAUGGGCGGCAAAACAUUUACUAUUACCGGAAAUGCAACUGGGAGAAGUUAGUGAGGAAAGAAAUUAGCAAAACCCUUAAUGGAUAUGUCCAAGUGGACAAUGCUGAAGCUGAAAGUAGAAGGGAAAAGUUUGAGUUAUCGAAGUAUAGGUUUCUACCAAAGGGAAAUGGUGCGAGGAUGCUGUUAGAUUUUAGUUCCUCGUCAAGGUCGCCUUCUCUUCGUGAUGUACAUUCCGUUUUGAAGGACAUUCAACUGAAAGAACCAGAUGUCCUUGGGUCUUCUGUUUUUGACCAUGACGACUUCUACAGAAACCUAGGCCCGUAUCUGAAAGAUUUGAGGAGUCAAUCUGGGGAACUUCCUCCUUUGUUCUUGGUGGUUGCAGAUGUUCGCAAAGCAUUUGAUUCGAUCGACCAGGGUAAGCUACUUGAUAUUGUGCAAUGUGUCCUGAAAGAUGAACAUAUCUUAAAAAAGUGUAGGCUAGUCUGCCGUGGGAAGAGAUCACGUUGGGUAAACAAUAUACUAGUCUCGACUGAUAAAAAUGAUACCGUUGCAAGAUUCACAUCAACCUUUCCAUAUAAUGGUCUGCAAAGCAUCAUUGUUGAUCAGGGACAAAACCAUCUAGUAAGGAAAAACGAUGUCAUGCAUUGGAUCAACGACAUGCUAAAGAACAACAUGGUGCAAAUAGAUAAAAACUUCUAUGUACAAAUAGCAGGAAUACCUCAGGGACACAAAUUGUCAUCUUUGUUAUGCUCUUUUUACUACGGGCAUCUCGAGAGGACUUUUAUGUACCCGUUCCUCGACCAAGCCUUUGGAGAUGCGUCUGCUGAAGCAUGCAAUGGAGAGAAAGAGCUAAUCACUUCCCCAAGCUAUAAGUUACUGAGGUUUAUCGAUGAUUACCUCUUUGUGUCUACCUCAAGAGAGCAGGCCACUAGAUUUUAUCAGAGGUUGAAGCAAGGAUUCCCAGAUUACAACUGCUCAAUGAACUACAAGAAAUUCUGCAUAAACUUUGAAGAUGGAGUAGAAUCACAGAAUUCUUCUAACACUAAAAGGAUGUACGUGGGUGGUAAUGGAGUGUCUUUUAUAAGAUGGACGGGUUUGCUUAUCAAUUCCCGCACAUUCGAAGUUCAAGCUGACUACACAAGGUACGCGAGUGGCCAUAUAAGCUCAACCUUCACGGUAGCCUGGCAGAACCAACCAGUUGGAAAUCUUCGGCAUAAAUUGUGUUACUUCUUGGUCCCUAAAUGCCAUCCCAUUCUCUUUGACUCGAACAUCAACUCGGGUGCAACUGUCAGGUUAAACAUCUACCAGACCUUUCUGUUAGCUGCAAUGAAGUGUCAUUGUUAUCUCUACGAACUGGCCCGGUUUUGGAAGGUUCCUCCUCAAAAUUUGUCCAAAUUCAUCACAAGAUCUAUCAGGUACAUGUUCAAACUCAUACAGCGAAAGACGCACAGAAUCAACACUGGUUCUAGUUUCAGACCAGUUCUUAAACUGCGCAAAGAAGAAGUGAUGUGGCUUGGCUUACACGCUUACGUUCAAGUACUGAAGAGGAAACACUCCAGAUAUCGAACCCUCUUGAAUUAUCUGGGAUCUGCACUUUUGAAACUCGAUCUUCCUCUGGAUCUAUCGCCGGAUCUGGAGUAUGCGACCAACCGAUCAAACUCAUCUAUCCUGUGGGAUCUGAGUUACUGAUCCUCUAUGAUUGAAGCUGUUCUAAACGGGUUCUGUCUUCUUUUUUUGGCUUUUUUGAAACUGGAAGGUUAUUUUGGUGGUUCUCUCUUUCUAUGUAUAACUGUUUGGAUUAUUGAGAAAACCAACUCCUGCGGUUGCAGUCGAAGUGAAACUCGGUUGAAUGUGACAUAA